AUGCUCCAACAACGAUUCCGGCCCCUCGUCGGAGGGACCGUCUCUCUGGUUUCGAUGUACCAGAGCGCUCUUCGCCUCAGCGUCGCCUCGAAACGGUUCUCCUCGACCGAGACACAAACCACUGCCAACAAUGACGCCGGCAGCAGUAGCAGCAGCAGCGACACUUUCACUACCCCGCCAUCAAACGAUUUCGACCCCGUCAAGAUGCGCACCUACAAGCCGCGGACACCCGGUCUUCGCCAUCUCAGACGUCCCAUCAACGAUCACCUCUGGAAGGGUCGCCCAUUCCUGCCCCUGACGUUUCCCAAAAAGGGUCUUGGCAAGGGUGGUAGGAACAACACGGGUCGCAUCACUGUCAGGCACCGCGGUGGUGGUGCCAAGCGGCGCAUUCGUAUUGUCGACUUCUACCGCUGGGAGCCCGGCCCGCAUAUCGUUGACCGUAUCGAGUACGAUCCUGGCCGGAGCGCACACAUCGCGCUGAUCACGAAUCAGGCGACGGGCAAGAAGAGCUAUAUCGUGGCAGCCGAGGGCAUGCGCGCUGGAGAUGUUGUGCAGAGCUAUCGGUCGGGCAUUCCAAAAGAGCUGAUUGAGAGCAUGGGCGGUGUUGUUGACUACAGUAUCUUGGCUGCGAAGACGUGUUGGAGAGGGAACUGCCUGCCGCUGCACAUGAUUCCUGUCGGCACUGUCGUCUACAACGUUGGCUCUCGCCCUGAUGGCCCUGCGGUAUUCUGCCGUGCUGCGGGUACCUAUGCCACGAUUAUCUCAAAGGAGGAAGAGACUCGCGAGGACGGUACCAAGGUCAUGACAGGCAAGCACGUCAUUGUCCGGCUUCAGAGUGGUGAAGUGCGCAAGGUCAGCAAGGACGCCUGCGCGACGAUCGGUGUGGCCAGCAAUAUCAUGCAUCAGUACAGGCAGUUGGGCAAGGCAGGAAGAAGCCGGUUGUUGAAUAUCAGGCCCACAGUGCGUGGUGUGGCUAUGAACGCGAACGACCAUCCUCACGGUGGUGGUCGCGGUAAGUCCAAGGGCAACAGGCACCCGUGCAGUCCUUGGGGCCAGCCGGCCAAGGGCGGCUUCAAGACUCGCAAGAAGAGCAACAUCAACAAGUGGGUGGUGCAGCCUCGGAUCCGGAACAUGGGCAAGCGGCGCAACAAGACCAGCGCCUAA